UUCUUUAAAAUUUUCAAGCAUGUAUGAAAAGUCUUCUUGAUGACAAGAAUGAUUUUUGUUUUCCCAGUAAAAUGUCAUACUUUGUUCUUUAUACCAGCGUGACAAUGAUUCAGUGAUUCGUUUCCUGUGUAAAAGUUGUUUUUGCAAGUCUUGUUUUACUGUUCCACAACAGGAAUAAUGGUACUCUAACAAGCGUUCUCCGCAGGAUACAUAACUUUGACAGCAAUGCCUGUGCUGUGCAGUGCCAACUGUGGUUCUAAUGCCGUUUUAAAGAGACCAAAAACAGGAGAUGCUUUGUGUAAGGAGUGCUUUUUCUGGGCGUUUGAAACAGAAGUUCACAACACAAUAAUAUCAAAUAAGUUAUUCCAGAGGAAUAGUCUUGUCGCCAUAGCAGCAUCUGGUGGAAAGGAUUCCACAGUUUUGGCAUAUGUACUGAAAUUAUUAAAUGAAAAGUAUGAUUAUGGAUUGAGAUUUGUCCUUUUAUCAAUAGAUGAAGGAAUCACAGGGUAUAGAGAUGAUAGUCUUGAAACCGUCAAAAAAAAUCAAGAAGAUUAUGAGAUGCCGCUUAAAAUCCUAUCUUAUGAAGAAUUGUAUGGUUGGACAAUGGAUCAAAUCGUAGCACAAAUCGGUCGUAAGAAUAACUGUACAUUCUGCGGAGUCUUUAGAAGGCAAGCAUUAGACAGAGGCGCUGCCCUCCUGGGAGUUGACUGUCUGGUAACUGGUCACAAUGCAGAUGAUAUUGCUGAAACUGUUUUGAUGAACAUUCUUCGUGGUGACAUUGCUCGACUUCAAAGAUGCACUGCCAUCACAACUACAAGUGAAGGCACUAUUCCAAGAUGUAAGCCGCUUAAAUACACUUAUGAAAGGGAAAUUGUUAUGUAUGCAUACUUCAAAAAAUUAGUCUACUUUUCCACAGAAUGCACUUUUGCUCCAAAUGCUUACAGAGGCUAUGCGCGAGUAUUUUUGAAAGAUCUUGAAAGGAUGAGGCCUACUGCUAUAAUAGAUAUACUUCAUUCUGGUGAACAAUUGUCCGUCAAAGAUAGCGUUAAAAUGCCUGAAAGAGGUAAAUGCACCCGGUGUGGUUUUGUAUCUAGUCAAGAAAUUUGUAAGGCAUGCUCUCUCCUGGAAGGCUUAAAUCGAGGCCUGCCGAAACUUGGGAUUGGAAAAAAAAGUCAUGCUGAUCGGAUGCGAAAAGCCCUCGCUGAGUUCUGAAACCAUUUUUUAGCACCUUCUCCAGAGAUAUUGAUGAAACCCCUUUAUCAACAAGCUGUGAAAAAAUUGUGAUUACACUUAGAAAGCUGAAAAGUGCUCUGUAGACUUUUAGCAACUUAGAAAAUUGUUAAGAGGCUUCUCCUCUCCAAGAACUUGAAACUAUCUGUUUCUGCUGGAUCACCAUGGUCAGUUCUCUCAAUUGUAGCUUUUCAAUGAAGGCGUCAUUCGAGCAAACUGCGCUUUCUUUAUGACUCAAAAUGAAUGUUUAUUCACUUGCGGACCAUCUGCACUGUAAUGGAUCACUAGACAAGGUACACAUUUGAGCAUCUCUUCUCUUUAAAAUUUUACCUAGAAAACGAUUCACGCAACGAUAAUAGUUCAAAUUAACUUGUAGUCAAGAUAUCAAUGGUUUUACUAAUAAGCAGUAGUUUCAAAAAAUUUGAAGUUCCCGUCUACAAGAAAAACCAGGGUCUACGAAAAUCUAAUUGCACACUUUAAUAGUCCCGGCAGACUUCUUAAUCAAGCCAAGUUUCUUCCCUGCUCUGUGUUCUUCAAAAUGUGAACAACAAACUCCGGCCAAGCUGAAGCACCAAUAUUAAGCAUGCCAUAUUUUCUUACCACUUAAACUGUUACAGCAAUAUUUAGUGUGCGAUUUAAUUCAAGUAGAUUUUGGUUAUUUCAGGAAUUGGAAGUUUGAAUUUAUGCAACGAAAGAGUCAGUGGUUACUUUCAACAAUUUUCGUUGCGUUACUUAUGUUCUUUGUAGAAUAUUGAUAAGAAAACAUAGUUCAAAAUGCUUAAAUUCAAACCUAGUCUAGUAGUUCAAUGUAGCUUUUCAACAAAGGUUUAAAUCCAAGCAAACUGUGCUUUUUUAUGACCUACAAUGUAUAUCUAAUCAUUUGCGGACCAACUGUAUGUAAUUUUAGCACCUCCAUCUUGUGACCUGUGUUGGAUUAGUGGUGGUAUCUCGUGAAAGAUAUUUGAUGAUCUUUACCAACUAAUAUAAAUUUGGAAUCUUGAGUUUAAUUUUUAAUGAGUGGUAAGUAAAGUCAAUCAAAU